GUCCUGCACUCGGUGGCACCGUUAUCAACAUGCUUUCAUAGUUUCCGAGUCGUUAAUGUAUAACGCCGCAGUCUCGCACUGGUACAAAUGAACUGUAAAGGUUGAACUAUGCACAGUCGCCGUUGCGAAGUGUCAACCGUGUUAUUUCCUCGGCAAGUCUAUGACAUGUCUCAAAGUUGAAAUGAGUUGCUGCCAUUGCCAUAGCAUGCCUAGCAAUACUCAUGCUCAUUAUUCACUAUCUAGUUGCUGAUGCAUGCCAGAAGAUCAUCAUUUCGACCCUGCCCCGGAUUCGAGAACUCAUGGAUCCCGACAACAUACCCCGAGUCCCACUCCCAUCUCUCCUUCAGUCCCGUUCUGAGGCCAACGUGCGUCUCAUCCGCGCAUUCGGUCUCAGCAACACAUUCGUCAGUGCAGACCUGGACGUCCAUUCCGCUUUUGUCCGGAAUGCAAAGAAACUGAUACCAUCACACGAUUUCGGCGACUCCUUUGGGAGAUUGGCCACACUGACAGUAAACGAAUUGAGUUGCUGUUUUUGUGACCAGUCCCCUGAAAGUGAGAUACCAUUCGAGACUUUCAUACAGGUCUUAACCUUCAAGGUUAUGAUCUCCACAUUAUUUCACGUUGAUCCUGCUCUCCUCGAUUAUGAGGAUGUCAUUGUUGUUACCACAGGUAUCAACAGGUUAUGGAGUCUAUCCAAAUCCACCUCCGCAUUCCCGCCCAACCUCCUGAACGACAUCAAUAGCCGUCUCACCCGGUGGAUACCAGAUCUUGAGUAUCCAUUAAACUUUAUCAUACCCGUAUACGAGACGAUGUGGCAGGUCGUGGCAGUAGGUGUCGCACUCACACACUGUGACAACGACGCACGCGAAGCCUUGAAGGAAUACCUCGAGGAGCCCACCGUAAAGCAAUUCGCUUUUUGGGAGACCGAGGCUCAGCGUCCAAGUGUUCAGGCGUUAAUUACAGAGAUAAUGCGUCUCCACCCUCCCGUUCGACGCAUCUCGCGUACUGUCGCCGCUCUUCCUCAUUCUCUGACAACCAUCGUACCAACAUUCUUUGCACGAUAUUUCACCCGUACUAUCGCUGCAGACGUCAGCGCACUUCAUCGUGAUAUCAGCUUAUGGGGAGCGGACGCCAAUUGCUUUAACCCAUUCCGUCAUCACAAGAAUUCUAUUACGGAUGAACAGAAGCAGAGCUUGCUUCAGUUCGGGCUAGGGAGAUUACGAUGUGUGGCUGUUAGCUGGGCUCCACAAGCAGCCGGUCUGUUGGUCGCAGCUGUCGUUGCCAGCCUGAGGAUGGAAGGUGGCGAGGAGGAAGGGGUUAAGAUUCAGAUAGGUUCGGAAAUCGGCGGCAGAGACGGAUGGAGUGGAUGGAGUAUUGUCUGUCGCAGAUGAGUGUAUCAUAUCUUCUUGUUUUCUGCGUUUGAACUGACUUAUCCCGAAGUAAUCUAGUGUCAUUCUGUACAUUUUAGUGCUUAGGACAAAGGUGUUUCUGCAAUCGGAAGAGAAGAAAGUUGACUCGGAGAUCUACAGAUCGGACAUAGCGGACCGCGAAACCGCAGUU